UAGUCUGUCAGAUCCACACAAAACGAUCAUUCAGUCUUUCAAAAAUUGUAUUGAUAGGGCUUAGGGGAAAUUUUAAAUUUCAGUAAUAAUGCAAGUUUCGCGUACCACCAAAUUCACCGGCGUUUGCGUGGGCGUCUACACCACCUAUGCCCUGUUCAUAUUCCUCGUCUUGCCCAUUCUUAUGCCGGAUCCGGUGAGCGUGCAGAAAUCGGUAGUGGCCUACAGCACGCGGCACCUGGGCGACCUGAGCAACUACACCCUGGAAACAGGCGGCCAGCCCAUCCGCUCCAUGCUGGUCACGUUCCGGGGGUCGGGUGCUCUGACCCUCCUGGACAACUUGGCCCACCAGCCGGGUUGCUACCAGCACUAUGCUCCGCUGAUCGCAUACGAGAGUCGCUCAGUGGCGGAGCAGGCGGUCGACCGGGUUUUGGACGAGCUGGUCGCGCUGUACAACUGCAACUACAACAAGUCCACGGAGAUGCUCCACUGGGGAAUGCGCUCGGCGGUCUUCCGACGCUUUUACGGCGUCCAGUCGAAGACCUGCAUGACCUACAGCCAGGAGAUAUGCUGGGAUCCGCAGAAGAUGGCCGGCAUCUGCAAACUCUAUCCGUUCAUCAACAUGGCCGUGUACAACUUGCGGCUAAGGUUUCUGGCAUCUCUCUUGGAACGUGAGGGGUUAAAUCUUCGAAUCCUGCUCAUCGUUCGCGAUCCUCGGGGAACUACGUACUCCCGUAUGAAUAACAAUUGGUGUACGACUGAAAAGGAUUGCGAAGUGCAGACCCUUUGUAACGAUAUGGUCAGCGAUCAUCAGAUGUUUGAGACGCUUUCCAAAUCUUUUCCGCAGCGUUUCAGCAUUAUACGUUAUGAGGACUUGUUUUUGCAACCCGAAGAGAGUAUCAAGCUGGUAUUCGAUUUCUAUGGCCUGCCAAUGAAGCGACCUAAGACCAGGACUCGAGAAGCUCAUCCGCGCAGUGGUCAAGUCAUGGACUCCUCCGACUUUGACUUUCGUUGGAAGUACUCCAAUCCGCCCGCCCACGAAUGGAUGAGCAAAAUGACGCUGCCUGAAAUACAGGCGGUUCAGGGGGUAUGUGGCGAGGCGAUGGACUUAUGGGGCUAUCGCUUAAUCCAGGACUUUAAGAACUUUUCCCCGGAGACAUUCGAACCGAUCUUGGGCAAGGCUUAAGACUUUAUGGACGAGUAUGGUGGGAGUAAAUGUAAACGGAGUGUGAUAGGGUCGCUUGCACGAGAGAUGAGUUGUAUAAAUUUACGCAAUCAGUUAAUAUAUUGGUACAUAUUUAUAUCCGUUACUCAUAAAGUAAAAGGAAUUAUAUUCGUUGCAAAACUAUA